AUGAACGAGGCUGCCACCAAAGCAGCAACAGCUGCGAAGACGAUCGAGACCAACUUUGUAGGCCGCACUAGCAUCGUCCACAUCCCUGACGGUCGCGCUUUCUGCGGCACCUUUGUCUGCGUCGACUCGGGCAAGAACAUCAUCCUCGGCAACACGGAGGAGAUGCGAGUCACACCAGAGGGACGCAGCUCGUCUCGUAACGUGGGCAUGGUCAUGAUCCCCGGUGACUGCGUAGUCAAGGUUGAAGUGCAGGAAGAUGCAACACAGACGCAGCACGCACCGCCUCAACCCUCGCUAGCUCAAGCAGGAUGGCCUGAUGACGAGUCUUUGUAUUCUUGA